UUGGUUGUAUUAUCCAYUGCUGCUGAAGAGACUUUCAACCUUUGGUGCAACUGAAGCAAAGAUGGCRUCUGCAGGCUUCCAGAUUUUUGGCAUCUUCCUUACAAGCAUCGGCUUUGCUGGUGACAUCAUCAUUUGUGCCCUGCCGAUGUGGAAGGUGUCUGCCUUYGUUGGGACCAGCAUCAUGACGGCGCAGACCUUCUGGGAGGGCCUGUGGAUGAACUGUGUGAUGCAGAGCACCGGGCAGCUGCAGUGCAAGUUCUACGCCUCCAUGCUGGCUCUGCCUGAAGAACUCCAAGUCGCCCGUGCUCUGGUUGUGAUCUCGAUCAUYGUCGCGUUCCUGGGACUCCUGCUAGCCGUCACAGGGGGAAAAUGCACCAACUGCAUUGAAGAUGACCUUGCUAAGAGCCRGGUGGCCAUCGCUGCAGGUGUGUUCUUCAUUGUUGCUGGUAUCCUGUGUCUGAUCCCAGUGUCCUGGUCUGCMAGCGAGAUAAUCAAGACCUUUUACAACCCCGACCUGCCUGAUGCCAGGAAGAGUGAGCUUGGUGCGGCGCUGUUCAUCGGCUGGGGAUCAGCGAGCCUCAUGAUCAUCGGCGGKGCUUUCCUCUGCUGUCGGUGCCAGCAGCAGAAAGAUGGCCGCUACUCUGUUAAAUAUUCGGCCCCACGCUUGGCUGCCAGCACAGCAGCCUACGUUUAAACUGCUCGGACUGUUUCCUGAAAGUCUGGACUUGAACCUGSACUGAACUCCAAGCCAGGGUUUUAAUCUUAAACUUGCUGAUUUUUAAUAAAACUUCUUUUUUUUUUU